UAUGAUAUGUCAUGAGCAUAUGUCUUCCUUCAUGUACACUACUUCUCUCCCUCUCUCUCUCUUUCUCUCUCAUACAAAUAUAUAAUGGACAAAAAAGAGUGCAGUUCUUCACAAGAUCCUGAUGUUCGAAAGGGACCUUGGACAAUGGAAGAAGACUUGAUCUUGAUCAACUAUAUUGCAAAUCAUGGUGAAGGUGUUUGGAACUCCUUGGCAAAAUCUGCUGGUCUUAAACGUACCGGAAAGAGUUGCAGACUUCGGUGGCUAAAUUAUCUUCGACCCGAUGUUAGACGAGGGAAUAUUACACCCGAGGAACAACUCUUGAUCAUAGAACUACAUGCAAAAUGGGGAAACAGGUGGUCGAAAAUCGCGAAACAUCUACCGGGACGAACCGAUAACGAGAUAAAGAACUAUUGGAGGACAAGGAUUCAGAAGCAUAUCAAACAAGCUGAUCAACAAAACUCUCAGCAACAACAACAGAGUUCUUCUGAUGUUCAAAUAAAUGACAAUAAUGAAAAUAAUAACAAUCAAGUAGCAAGCUCUAGCCAAAUUCCCAACACAGCUGAACCUAUGGACACCAGCAGCAAUAAUAUUAUGUCACCUCCUUCUUACCAAGGAAUUUUGGAACCAUUUUCAUCUCAUCAGUUUCCUACAAUCUCAGAUCAAUCAAGUUCUUGCACCAAUGACAAUAACUACUGGAGCAUGGAAGAUCUCUUGUCUUUGCAAUUACUUAAUGGAGAUUAAUUAAUUAAGAUUUAAGUGCUUAAUUUCCUAUAUAUAUUAUUAUAUUUAAACCUAUGUGCUUAAUUAUUUUUCCAUGAAGCAUAUUAUUAAUUAGGUUUGUUUAUAUAACUAGUUUGAUCAUGUUUGGUUACAAGUACUUUUCAUAUUUAAGAACUUAUCAUGGCUUAUGUUGUGUAAUAUAUA